AGAGAAGAGAGUUUCAGUUGGUUCAAUCUCACAAACUGAAUUGAAAGCUUGGACCUUUUGUUUCAAUUCCACCCUAUCUUCUUCUCCUUCGGUAUCUGCUUCCAUUUCUGUGUUAGCCACAAACCUUAAACCAGAAAAAAAAACAAGUUGAGCAAGUAAAGUUUCAAUCUUUAUUCACCUUUUAUUUUACAGAGCAAUAAAAAGUGGUCUAUAUCCAAAAACCCUUUUGGCUACAGUUUGUGGUUUGAUGGAUCUACAGAUCUAACGCGUCAAUACCCACAUGUAUUACCCUGUUUCUUUCAGAUCUCCAUCGUUUUCAUCUGCCGUGACUCACUAGCUGACCCUGCAUCACUCUUAUCAUCAAACUACCUAACUCUGGGAUAAGGCUGGUGGGGGAUUUUGGUUGGAUGAAGUUUCGCAUCCAUUUUGGAUGUGGAGGCAUUUGAGGCUGGCCCAGGUGAAAUGAGGGAUGUUAUCAAGGUUGAUGAACUUUCUGAGGGCCUGCUGGCGACCAUCUUCGGACGGAUAUGUACACGCAGGUUCUGAUGCAGUUGGCAAGCAGGAAGGAUUACUUUGGUAUAAAGACUUGGGGCAACACUUGAAUGGUGACUUCUCAAUGGCUGUUGUACAGGCCAACAAUUUGCUUGAGGAUCAGAGUCAGCUUGAGUCUGGUCCCUUGAGCUCGCUUGAGUCUGGCCCCUAUGGCACUUUUCUUGGAGUUUAUGAUGGGCAUGGUGGCCCUGAGACCUCUCGUUAUGUCAAUGAUCACCUAUUCCAGAAUUUGAAAAGGUUCACCGCAGAGCAACAGUCCAUGUCAGUGGAUGUGAUACGAAAAGCAUAUCAAGCAACAGAAGAUGGAUUCCUCUCCAUUGUUACCAAACAGUGGUCUGUGAAGCCCCAAAUUGCAGCCGUUGGAUCUUGUUGCCUUGCUGGUGUGAUCUGUGGAGGCACCCUUUACAUUGCCAAUGUUGGUGACUCCCGCGCGGUGCUGGGGAGAGUUGUGAAGGCGACUGGAGAAGUACUUGCUAUCCAGCUGUCAGCAGAGCACAAUGUGGCCAUAGAGUCUGUCAGACAGGAGAUGCAUUCUAUGCACCCAGAUGACUCGCGUAUCGUAGUUUUGAAGCAUAAUGUAUGGCGUGUAAAAGGAUUAAUACAGAUUUCUAGAUCCAUUGGAGAUGUGUAUUUAAAAAAACCUGAGUUUAACAGGGAGCCUUUGUAUGCCAAGUUUCGCCUGCGUGAACCGUUUAGAAGGCCAAUUUUAAGUGCUGAACCAGCAAUUUCUGUGCAUGAGCUUCAACCACAUGAUCAAUUUCUCAUAUUCGCUUCUGAUGGUCUCUGGGAGCACCUUAGCAAUCAGGAAGCAGUUGAUAUGGUCCAAAGUCACCCACACAGCGGAAGUGCUCGGAGGCUCGUCAAAGCUGCAUUGCUUGAAGCGGCUAAGAAGAGAGAAAUGAGAUACUCUGAUUUGAAAAAAAUAGACCGUGGUGUACGCAGGCAUUUCCACGAUGACAUAACAGUCAUAGUCGUAUUUCUUGACUCGAACCUGGUGAGUAGAGCUAGCUCAACCAGAGGCCCUACUUUGUCUGUGAGAGGAGGUGGUAUUAGUCUACCUGCAAAAACUCUUGCCCCCAUGGAACUGAAUGCUACCUGAGGAAGCAGCCAGCUCAGUGUAAUAUUGUACCUAUUGAUGACUCAUUCUGAGAACUCCGGUGAAUCAUCUGCUUGUACAUCCGAGAUAAGGGAAGGUGCAGUCAUUUUUACCUUGUUCACUGUACAAUGUAACAAUUAACUUGGACCUGUAUGUUAUUUUAGUUUCUGAGACAUUGAAAGCAGUAGAGGUGUAUAAGGAAAGAAUCAAAAUUAUAGAGCUUCAGAUUGAUGAUAAA